UCCCGGGAGCGUCCCGCGCGCGUGAGCAUUGACAGCGCUCGAGUGUGAAGGGGAGACUGUUGCAGGACUUUGCGCUCUCUCGGCUGCAGGAGAUGUUGCAAAACCCCCCUCGAUCAGCUCGGGGACAACUUUGAGCUUUUGAUGCUCGAUUGGGAGGGAGUGUGCAGGAGAGGCGAGCGGCUCUGUAGCCCGGUGCAGAUUGGGGUCGCCCGUUCUCGUGGUCUCGUCUCCCUGGGAGGGGGCACCGCUCGGGCUCUGUGGAUGAACACGACCAGGUCGCUUAUUUUAUAGUUGCUCUGGUCUGCGCGUAACUAACGAGUGAUGUACAAAACCAGCAUAAAGUGGAUGCUUCCUGGGAAACACUUGGUGCUGCUUCUGUUCAUGUGCUGCCCACUUUUCGGAGAGAUUUACACAGGUAAUUCUCUAUUAACACUCGAUUCGGAACUCAAUGGACAUGAAGGAGAUGGAUUCUGUCAGCGAUACAGAGGAGUUACAUGUGCUCGAUUCAUUAAAGACAAUAACAUUUAUGUUGAAUCUCUCGAUAUGCAGGAGGAAAUUGAAAACCAAAUUAUUGCUGGACAGAAUGCGAAUGUUACUUCCAUAAUGUUGUCCGAUCAGUGCUCACAAUUUGCCUUUCCGGCCUUCUGUCAUUUUGUGUUCCCACUCUGUGAUGAAGACUCCUCUGUUCUCAAACCACGUGAAUUAUGUCGGGCCGAGUGUGAUAUUCUGGAAAGUUAUCUGUGCAGUGCAGAAUAUGUCUAUGCAAGGUCAAACCCGUUCAUUCUUCAGCAAAUUCAGUUGCCGAACUGUGAGGACCUGCCACUCCCGGAAAGCCCGGAGUCUGCGAACUGCCUGGGAAUUGGAAUUCCUCUGGAUGUUAACAGAUAUAUUCCUCCCAAAUUUGAUCACAUUGAGUAUUUUGAACUUGGAAAUGAUCUGCACAGUCCGCCACCUAGAACUGAAAAUGAACUUCCCCAACUAGAUCAAUAUGACUCUAGUGACUCUGGAGGUCUGCAAAGUCCGCCACCUGGAGCUAAAAAUGAACUUCCCCAACUAGAUCAAUAUGACUCUAAUGACUCUGGAGGUCUGCAAAGUCCGCCACCAGGAGCUAAAAAUGAAUUUCCCGAACUUGAUCAAUCUGACUCUAAUGAAUCUGGAGGAGGCAUGCAAAGUCCGCCAACUAGAGCUGAAAAUAUUCUUCCCAAAUUCGAUCAAUAUGAGACUUUUGAACCUGGAAAAGAUCUGCAAAUUCCGCCACCUAGAACUGAAAAUGAAUUUCCCCAACUUGAUCAAUCUGAUUCUCAUGAACCUGAAGGACUCCUGCAAAGUCCACCACCUGGAGCUGAAAGUUAUUUUCUGACCUUGUUGGCACCGAUGAAUAAUAUCACAACAGUCCAAGGCCAGACAGCGAACUUACACUGCAAAGUUGUGGGUUAUCCAUUACCAAACAUAAAAUGGCUGAAAAAUAAUUCUGCAGUGAAUCAGGAGCCAAGAAAGAGCACAAUAAGUAGAAAAGAAUAUGGAUCUCGACUGCGAAUUGUAAAACUGGACAAAUCGGACACGGGCUAUUACCAGUGUGUUGCAUCUAAUGGCAAUGGAACCGUCAAAGCCACUGGGCAGUUAAAUGUGAUGCUUGGUUAUUUUCUGAAGUUUUUGAUGCCUGUGAACAAUAUCAGCACAGUAGAAGGCCAGACAGCGAAUUUGCAUUGCAGAGUAGCUGGUUAUCCAGUUCCAAACAUAAAGUGGCUGAAAAAUGAUUCAUUAGUUCUCCAGGAAGAAAGACGGAUCACGAUACGGAAAACAGAAUAUGGUUCUCGAUUGCGAAUUCAAGACUUGAACAGAGCGGACACUGGCUUUUACCAGUGUGUUGCUUCCAACAACAAUAAUACUAUUUCAGCUACUGGGAUUAUUUAUGUGAGAGCUGGACUGCCUCCGACACUCAGUGGACCAUAAGAUGUGUGAAGUCAACUCUUUGUUUCAAAUACUUUUUUUCUGGUCUUCUGAAUAUGAUGACAUAUAUGGUGGAUCUUAACUAAUCAAUAAGAUACAUUUUUGUUUACAUUUAUUUUCUGUAUUGACUAUUUGAAAUGCAUGCUGUGACAGAAUGGGUCAAAUUAAGUGCAUUUUCUUCUAUCUAUCUUAGUGAUGAUAUAAGUGGAGAAAGAAAUAUUAACCUGGAAAUGUUUGAUUCUCCACAUAAAGAAAAAAAAAUGUCCACUCUUUUUAUAGGUCCUUAUUUCAUUGUUUCGUAUUUUGUCGUUUUACUCUCAUUUUUGUGUGAAUAACAGAGACUAUUUGGUAUCCAGGGCAGGAUGGGGUUUCAAUCCCAGUCUCCAUGAAUGCCUUAAUGGGCCUGUCCCACAGGCGAUUUUUUAGCGGACUGCCGACGAUUUUUCAGCAGACUGCCGGCGGUCGCCUGAAAAACUGGGAACUGCAACAACCAGGUUCAGGAAUAGCUACUUCCCCACAGCCAUCAGGCUAUUAAACCUGGCUCAGACAAAACUCUGAUUAUUAAUAACCUAUUAUCUGUUAUUUGCACUUUAUCAGUUUAUUUAUUCAUGUGUGUAUAUAUUUAUAUUAUGGUAUGUGGACACACUGAUCUGUUUUGUAGUAAAUGCCUACUAUGUUCUAUGUGCUGAAGCAAAGCAAGAAUUUCAUUGUCCUAUCAGGAACACAUGAUAAUAAACUCACUUGGACUUGAACUUGAACUGGAACGGCGACUGUCAGAGUGGAACACACAAACACAUUGCAAAGGCGGGGGCCAGGGCAAGCGGGGGACGCUGUCUAAAAAAUUCCCAUGAUGCAAAGCCAAGGUGAUACAGACACACACCACGAUGAACAGGAAGGUUGGCGCUGUAAUUAAGACAGCUAAAGCACAGUGCAUGAUAAGUCCUUUAAAAGAUGGGGUGAGAGGGGGGAGAAAGAGUGGAGACAACUUUUAAGAAACCAGAGAUACACAGCUGUGAAGUUCGGCAGACAUUUAACAUUACCGGUCGGCUCCUUGGUUCGGAAAACUACUGCUUCCCAGUGACCAUAAUGAGGCCGCCACUAGUUCCCAAAAUGUGAGAACUCCUCACGACCAUGAAGGCGACUCCCCGGCAACCACCCGCGAACAUGUGGUGACCAUGUGGCAACUGCAGUCGCCUAAAAAGUCGCCUAAGUGGAACAGGCCCAUAACUCUAUGCAACACAUUUGAAUGUAGAGAACAUUCUCUGACCUGAUUGUAGCUUCCAGUUGGAUGAGUUCACUGAAGUAGAUCGUAGUCUCAAGUAGUCUGUAGCUGCUGGUCAUAGUCAUACAGCACAGAAAUGCUCAUCCCACCUGCCUGCAUUUGGCCCACAUCCUUCUAAAUCUUCACCAUCCAUGUACAUGUCCAAAUGUCUUACAAAUUAUGUGAUGGUUCCUGCCUCAUCACCAGCUCGUUCCAUAUACUACCCCAUUGUGUGAAAAGGUUGCCUCUCGGGUUUCUAUUAAAUCUUUCCCCUCUCACAUUAAUCCUAUGUCCUCUGAGAUAAUGAUGGGAUAAAUUCUGUUUUGGACCCCAGCAUUGAUUUUAGAGCAUUGAUUUUAUGUAAUCUGGGUGGGGUUUGGAAUUGGGUCUUCGUGUGGGGAUAAAGGGUCCAGCCCUAAAUCAGUAGUUGAGCUCGGAUCUGAGUAAGCACCUUUUAAAGCACAGCAUAUAGACUAUAAAGGGCUAUUGUGUUUGUCUUUUGUCACAUGCCCAUAUGUCUGUAGUGACUUUUUGUUCCAUACCCUUAAACUCUUGUCACCUCAAUCAGCCAUCUACAAUUUCAGUGUAGCUCUCAGUAAGAAUAUGCAAAUACAAGAUAAUAUUUUCCACGUUUAUAUUGAUUCUACCUAGAUUUUUCUCGAGUACCUGUGAUAGUCCUCGCACCUUUUAUCAAUAGUCAGACUCUUUGUCUGGUUGACAGAAAUGUAGUCAAUUAAACCUUUGCAAAACUGUCAUCUAACCAUUUGAAAAACUGAAGCCAGUCCAGUUCUCAACAAAAAUUCUGUUUCCCUAGCAAUCUCUCUUCCUGGCAAGUCUGUGAAAUUGAACCUGGUUAUUUGCAACCUUGCCAGUCAUAUUUGGCCCCAUGUUAGGCCUUAGCAAGUCUGAUUUAUGUUUGCAUUUCUGCAGUGUCCCUGAAUGCCCCUGUUUCAGCUCAACAACUGCUGAAGUCCUCAUCCAUCCUUUCAGUACCUCUGGGCCUGACUGUUUCAAUGCACCCCAAUUCAAGGAUAGCCACUCAUGAGAUCACCCAAAAAAUUGUGUCACUAAUUUACACCAGAUCACUCCUGCAUUUACUAACCUGCAUUGGCUCCAGUUGAACUGAUGUUUUGAAUUCAUGGUUUUCAUCUUUAUUUUGAAAUCACUCUCCCCAUUUCUGUUAUUGGCUCCAUGUAACUCUAAAUCAUAUUUGCACUCCUCAGGGCCACCUAGACACUUUUAGAUUUAAAUGAUGCCCAUAACUAUAAAUCCAAAGGCCAGGCAUUGUGGGAUUCCAAACCAGAACUUCACGUCUCUCUUCCUGUUUUUCUUACUUCAAGAUGCUGCUUAAAACCUGUCAGGUUGAGUAACAUUUGAUCAUCUAUUUGGAUAUUGUCUUGUGCGAACUUAGUGCUGAACAUGGCUAAGUAUAAACAUUUUGUGUGAUAAUACUCCUGUGAAGUGCUUUGGAAUGUUUCUGCUCUGUUAAAGACAUGGUAUCGCGAUGUCAGGGACCCGGGUUCGAUCCUGACUAUAUGGAGUUUAUACAUUCUCCCUGUGACCGUGAGUUUUCUCAGGGUGAUUUGAUUCCCUCCCACAAUUAAAAAAUGUACAGGUUUGUAGGGUAGUUGGUUUAUGUAAAUUGUCCCUAAUAUUAGGAUGCUGAAGUGGUCCAACGUAAAACUAGCGUACGGGUGAUUGAUGGUCAACGUGGGCUGAAGGGCCGGUUUCUACACUGUAUCUCUAAACUAAACUCAACUAAUGUCAUGGGACCCUUUGCAUUCACCUGUAAAAUAAAGCCUCAGUUUAAUGUCUCAUUAUAAAAAUGAAGUGACAUUGUGCUGCGCAAUCUUAAAAUUAUUUUGUGGCUAUAAUUAAUCAGAAUCAGAUUUUAUUCCCCACAUGUUUUGCAACAUAUGAGGAAUUUCACUGGCCAGGUCAGCUAUACAAUUAAAAGCAACAGACACAAAAACACAUUUUAACAUGAACAUCCACCACAGUGACUCCUACACAUUCCUCACUGUGGUGGAAGGCGAAAUAGUCCUUUUUGUUCUUCCUCAUUUGGGGUCCACGAGCCCUCCGUUGACGGGACGGUCUUGACUCCCGUAGCUGAGGGCAUUCGGACCCUCCGCAUCGAGGUGUUCAGCUCCUGCAUCGGGGGGUUGUCAGCUCCCCCCCGCCGGCCGAUCGAACCUCGUGUUGGGGAUGGUCGAGCCUUCCGCGAAGUCGGAGCUCCCGACUAGUCUCUCCCGAGACUGCGAGCCCUUGAUGGUAAGUCCGCAGGCCGCGGUGGGAGCGAUCCUAGGCAAGGGAUCCUCUCCGAUGUUAAAUCCGCGCCCCGCGGUGGGGCUCACGACAGUCCGAGGAGGCCUCCAGCUCCUUCUAUGGUAGGCCGCAGAGCACAGAGAAUGUGAUCCGAAAAAUUGAUCACAUCUCCGGGAAGGUAGGAACUUGAAAUAAAGUUUCCCCCGAUCCCCUCCCCCCACAUAAAACAAACUGAAGUACAUUAAAACAAACUUUUAACAAACGCUACAAAUAACAAAAAGAUGAAAAAACGAACAGACUGACGGCAGGCCUUCCAUCUCCCCGACGCCCCUGGUGGUCAACAUUUAUAAUUCCAAUCAUAAAAUUGCACAAAUGGUUUGUUUGUGUUUGUGGAAACCAUAUGGAAUAUGUGUUUCAGAUAUUGUGGAGUCACUGAGUUUGUGUGGCAUUCCCUGCCUAAACACAAAUUUAUGCUGAAACAAAUCCUCAAUCUUUGUUGCUUGUGUUUUUAUUUGCUCUGUUUGUUUCACUGUCUAGGGUUAAUUCUUUCAUGACAUAGACCUUGUUCAGAGUAGCUUCCACACGCAAACCACCAAAUGAUAUUUGUAGGUUUUGGAAGCUUCCAUUCCUGACAACCUGACAAUGCCAAGACUUGAGGUGGACAGAGUCUGCGAGGGCCAAGUGCUCAAGAGAUCGGUGGGAUAAGGCUGAAACAAAGGCUUCAUUUAAUUUGCAUGUAAUUAAUCUUCACAAGGAGGUGAAAUAAAAGUAUAUGUUCCAGCCAAUAUCAACUUUAUGUAUUAAAUGAGCUUGCGACUUCUGGAAUCUGAUUCAUUGCCCCAUUUAUAUACAGUAAUCAAUAAAUGGUGCAUUUUCAAAUUCUUCCAUAUGUUGGUUUCAGAGUCCUGGCAAGCAACAUGGGAACAGUCACACAUCAGUAAAAUUUAGGUUCCUGCUGUUGCGAAAGCUUGAAUGAAGCAUUAAACA